AUGUCCGCAUUGGAACUAAAAGAGAUCGAGGAGAAUGAAUUCCAAACCGGUCCCUUGUCAGUACUGACGCAGGCUGUCCUUAUAAAUUGUCGCCACAACCGCAAACUGCUGGGCCGAGUGAAGGCGUUCGACCGUCACUGCAAUAUGGUACUCGAGGAUGUGAAGGAGAUGUGGACAGAGGUGCCCAAGAAAGCUAAAGGUCAGAAAGUGGCCAGACCUGUAAACAAGGACAGGUUCAUCAGCAAACUCUUCCUGAGGGGAGACUCGGUCAUUUUGGUACUAAGAAACCCCGGUGGUGGUUUCCAGGGCUGA